CUGGAGGGGCCGGGCUAUUAGGAUCCGUCCGGAGGAAGCGGGUCGGCCAUCUUGGAUGGUGUAGGAGCUGUACAGAGUGGGUAGAGCGGGAUUAAUGAGAAAGAGGGGGUGAUAAGACACCUCAAAACCUCCCUGAUGCUAAACGGAGUUCUGCCAAGUCGCCGGCCACAAUCUCCAGCGCUAGCGGCGGGCCUCGGAAGUGGCGCAGGCGGAGAAAGUGAAGCUUCUCUUGUUUGUGAACCUCGCCCCGGUGACAUCUCAUCCCACCCGGGGCCUGUGUGACGGGCUACUCCGGGGCUCUUGUCCUCUAGCGGCUUCGGCCUGUGUUUCCGGUGCUGUUUGCUUAGUCUCCAGCUCUUUCCUUUUUGGUUACAUGUUUGCACUUUAUUUACAGAAUGGAGACCGUUAUUUGAGCCCUUUGCUGCCCCCCAGAAGGACCAAUAAUCUAUCUGUAAAUAAUGAAGCGAGUAGGCGGCUGUGGGGGUUUGCAGCCAUAAGGGAGACUGGAACUCUAAUUAUUCCAUAUAAGGAUCGGAGAACUAUCACUCCAGCAAGUAGAUCCGGCCCUCAUCUCUCUCAUUAAUACAUUCUCGCACCAGGGGGACAAUGUCCACGCGAACCCCACUACCCACAGUGAAUGAACGAGACACAGAGAAUCACACUUCUCAUGGAGAUGGACGGCAAGAUGUACCCUCCCGCUCUGGUCGCCAGGGAGCACGCUCUAGAAAUUCAGUCGCAUCAUGUGCUGAUGAACAACCACAUAUUGGGAAUUAUCGACUUCUUAAAACAAUAGGCAAAGGAAACUUUGCAAAAGUUAAACUUGCUCGGCACAUCCUCACUGGCAGAGAGGUGGCAAUAAAGAUUAUUGACAAAACUCAGUUAAACCCCACUAGUCUACAAAAGCUUUUCAGGGAAGUAAGAAUAAUGAAGAUUUUGAAUCAUCCAAAUAUAGUUAAAUUAUUUGAAGUAAUUGAAACAGAAAAGACACUCUAUUUGGUGAUGGAGUAUGCAAGUGGAGGUGAAGUUUUUGACUACUUGGUUGCACAUGGAAGAAUGAAGGAAAAAGAAGCAAGAGCUAAAUUUCGCCAGAUAGUGUCUGCUGUGCAGUAUUGUCACCAGAAGCAAAUUGUUCACAGAGACCUCAAGGCUGAAAAUCUUCUACUGGAUGCAGAUAUGAACAUUAAAAUAGCUGAUUUUGGCUUUAGCAAUGAAUUUACUGUUGGCAACAAACUGGACACUUUUUGUGGUAGCCCUCCAUAUGCUGCUCCAGAGCUCUUCCAAGGAAAGAAAUAUGAUGGUCCUGAAGUAGAUGUUUGGAGUCUUGGUGUUAUUCUGUAUACCCUAGUAAGUGGGUCUUUACCCUUCGAUGGACAAAAUUUGAAGGAAUUAAGGGAACGCGUAUUAAGGGGAAAAUACAGAAUUCCUUUUUACAUGUCAACAGACUGUGAAAACCUUCUCAAGCGUUUCCUAGUUCUGAACCCAAGCAAAAGAGGCACUCUAGAGCAAAUAAUGAAGGACAGAUGGAUCAAUGCAGGACAUGAAGAGGAGGAACUGAAACCAUUUGUGGAGCCUGUAUUAGAUAUUGCAGAUCAGAAGAGAAUUGACAUCAUGAUAGGAAUGGGAUAUUCUAAAGAAGAAAUCCAAGAAUCCCUUAGCAAGAUGAAAUAUGAUGAAAUCACAGCAACGUAUUUGCUUCUUGGGAGGAAAUCGUCUGAGCUGGACGCAAGCGAUUCAAGUUCUAGUAGUAACCUGUCACUUGCAAAGGUCAGACCGAACAGUGAUUUAAACAGCAACAGUGGACAAUCCCCUCAUCAUAAAGUACGCAGUAUCUCAUCUAGCCAAAAACAGAGACGGUACAGUGACCAUGCUGGUCCUGCAGUUCCUCCCGUUACCGCCAACCCAAAACGAAGUCAGACUGGUACAACACACAACGAUCUCAAAGAAGAAGUUGGGCAGUCUCGAAAAUCAAGUAGCACUGGAAGAGGAGUGACUCCACCUAGUCCAAUGCUUGGAAAUGCCAACAAUCCAAACAAGGCAGAUAUCCCAGAGCGAAAGAAGAGUUCUGUUGUUCCCACUAGUAAUUCUACAUCCAGCGGUAUGAGUCGCAGGAAUACCUAUGUUUGCAACGAUCGAGCGCCUACAGACCGUCAUUCCGUCAUUCAGAAUGGCAAAGAAAACAGCACAAUUCCAGAUCAAAGGACUUCAGUGGCAUCAACUCACAGCAUAACAAGCAGCACUACUCCAGAAAGCAUGCGUUUCCCAAGAGGAACAGCCAUCCGCAGCACUUUUCAUGGGCAGCUCAGAGAGAGGCGCACUGCUACUUAUAACGGACCACCUGCUUCCCCCAGUUUAUCCCAUGAAGCCACACCUCUGUCACAGACUCGAAGUAGAGGCUCCACUAAUCUUUUUAGUAAAUUAACAUCAAAAUUAACUAGAAGAAACAUGUCAUUCAGAUUUAUAAAAAGGCUCCCGACUGAAUCUGAACGAAACGGGAGAUAUGAGGGCUCAAGUCGUAAUGUGUCAGGGGACCAGAAAGAUGAAAACAAAGAAUCCAAGCCACGGUCGCUGCGUUUUACGUGGAGCAUGAAAACAACCAGUUCCAUGGAUCCCACCGACAUGAUGCGCGAGAUCCGCAAGGUUUUGGACGCCAACAAUUGUGACUAUGAGCAGAGGGAGCGCUUCUUACUUUUCUGCGUCCACGGCGAUGGCCACGCGGAAAACCUUGUGCAGUGGGAGAUGGAAGUGUGCAAACUGCCAAGACUCUCCCUAAAUGGCGUUCGCUUUAAGCGAAUAUCUGGGACAUCCAUAGCUUUCAAAAACAUAGCUUCCAAAAUUGCCAAUGAGUUAAAGCUGUAAUAUAAUGGGCGGGGGGUGGGGAAUAAACAAAUUGUAAAUUACGUAGCAAUUUCAAGUGUUUUCCAAGAACGCUGGUUUAUGUAUAGAAUUAUUAGGCAAUAAUUCCUGCAUCUCCCGAAUGACAAAAGAAAAAUGGAACAAGCUGCUGGAAUGGGAGUAAGAGUUGGACGUUUUUUUUAUAUAUAUAU